AUGCUGCUGGCCUGGCUGUGGCCGCUGGUGGCCGUGACCCUCGGGGGGUCCCCCCACGCCCCCCACCCCCAUUUCGGGGCUCCCCAGUCCCACAGCCACGACGACCCCGAGGGGCUUUUUUGGGACCACGCCGCCAUUUGGGGGGCGCAGGAGGCGCGGGAGCAGCGGGAGCUGCCCCCCGAGGAGUCCCGAAGGAGCGAGAGCGCGCGCCUGGACCGCGACCGCGACGGCGUCGUGACCUGGGAGGAGUUCAGAGCGGAGAGCUUCGGAGACACAGAAGAUUUUGGGGGCUCCCCCGACCCCGAUUCCCACCGGAAGCUUCUGGAACGUUCCCGGCGCCGUUUCCGGGCCGCGGACGAGGACGGCGACGGGCGGCUCGGGCCCCACGAGCUCGACGCCUUCCUGCACCCCGAGGACUUCCCCCGGCUCCAGGACCUCGUGGUGCAGGAGACGAUCGAGGACCUGGACCGGGACGGGGACGGAUUCAUCCAGGUGGACGAGUACAUCGCUGAUUUAUUCGAGGGCCCCCCCGGCUCCCCCGAGCCCCCCGAAAUCCAACGGGAACGGGAACAAUUCCUAAAAAUUCGGGACCAGGACCAGGACGGGCGCCUGGGACCCCCCGAGGUGAAACUUUGGCUCAGCCCCCCCAGCCCCGACUGGGCCGGGGUGGAGGCCGAGCACCUGAUCCACCACGCCGACCUGGACCAGGGCCCCCCCGGCUCCCCCGAGCCCCCCGAAAUCCAACGGGAACGGGAACAAUUCCUAAAAAUUCGGGACCAGGACCAGGACGGGCGCCUGGGACCCCCCGAGGUGAAACUUUGGCUCAGCCCCCCCAGCCCCGACUGGGCCGGGGUGGAGGCCGAGCACCUGAUCCACCACGCCGACCUGGACCAG